AUGGAGGAUGAGGGAUGAUAUGUGUUUGAGCCAGACCCUCACUGCUGGCGCACCACAUUCAGGGAGAUAAAGUGUGAAGACCGGGGCACACAGACACCUGGCCUUGCCCUGGCACCCAACAACGGCAUGCUUCCCUGUGGAGUCGCAGAAGAGCCCAGACCACUCUUCUACGGCAACGCAGGUUUUCGAUUGCACUUCCCGGCACAUUUUGCUCUUGGGGAUCCAGUGAGGCGACAAGUGAGUGAGGAAGAGGAGCAAAACGGGAUGGAGCAGCUACCCCGCAGCAACCUAUGGCACGCAGUGUGGGAGGCGUGCAUUGGCCAGAAACUCCAGCUGAUAGGAGACCAGUUUCACCGGGAACACCUACAACUGUAUCAUCGAAACCAAAGGAACCAGGGGCCGCUGUGGUGGCGCCUGGCUGCAGCUCUGCUCAGUCUUCUGUUUGACAGAGGGUUCAUUGCUGGAAGAGGUGGAGCAGGACAGAGGUGAGAGGGUCUUUCCCUCCCGUCCCUUUUCUUCAUCUCUUUGAGGAACUGGACUCCAAAUGGCACUGUCAAAUCUAACACGGGUCUGUUUUGGGGAAAAAAAAAAGACAAAGAGAGACAAAAGGUCACCGCGGGACGGAGACAACCAACUUUUAUACAA